AUGUCAUCGGAAACACUACAAAAGAUCAAACAGCAUAAAGCAUACAUAUGGCUGAAAAAAGUGUUAGAUUUCCUUAUAGGUCAGUGGUUUUUCAUUCUUUUGGGUGUAUUUAUUGCCUUGGCCCAUUCCUACCCUGAGUUUGCCAAAGAAGGAGGUACGAUUAGAGGUGAAUACUCUAUAGGGUAUGGUGCAGUUGCCGUGAUUUUUCUCAUCAGUGGAUUAUCAAUGUCAACAAAGCAGUUGAUUGUUAAUGCCAUGAAUUGGAGAGCUCAUUUUACCGUCUUGUCCUUGUCGUUUUUGAUUACUAGUUCCAUCAUCUAUGGGAUUGUUUGUGGUAUCAAAGCUUCUCAUGAUGGCCAGAUUGAUGACUGGUUGCUUGUGGGGUUGAUUGUUACCCAUGCUUGUCCAACCACCGUUAGUUCAAAUGUUGUCAUGACAAAACAAGCUGACGGAAAUGAUAUCUUGACCUUGUGUGAAGUGUUUAUUGGUAAUAUUUUGGGGGCAUUUAUCACGCCGGCGUUGUUACAGAUGUAUUUAACUGGUACUUGGGAAUUUGGCAAUCCAAGUCAUCAAUCAGAAGGCAAUAGUUCUGUGGGUGAUCUUUAUAAGGAUACAAUGAAACAAUUGGGGUUGAGUGUGUUUGUGCCCCUUUUUGUUGGCCAAGUUGUGCAAAAUAUAUUUCCCAAACAAACGAAAUGGACAUUGACAACUUUCAAAUUGAGUAAGGUUGGAUCAUUUAUGUUGUUGUUGAUUAUGUUUCAUUCAUUUUCAACUGCAUUUGCUCAACAUGCAUUCACUAGUGUAUCCCAUGCAUCAAUCAUUUUUUUAGUGUUUUUCAAUAUUGGAAUUUACUUGUUCUUUACGGUAUUGUCGUUUAUCUAUUCAAGACCUUAUGUGAUUAGAAAAUGGUUAUGGGAAAUACCGAAUGAAAACUCCUCAAUAGCAUAUCGUUGGACCUAUAAAAUUUUCAAUCCAUUCUACUACAAUAAAAGAGAUACAGUAGCUGUAAUGUUGUGUGGUCCUGCCAAGACUGCUGCAUUGGGUGUAUCAUUAGUUUCGUCACAAUAUGGUGCUCAUAAUCCGAAAUUGGGUAUAUUGUUGGUACCGUUGGUCCUAUAUCAAGCAGAGCAAGUUAUGACAGCGAAUUUCCUUGUUACAUUAAUGAAGAAAUGGAUACAUUACGAUGAUGAUAAAAAGAAGGGGUCUGAUGAAGAAAGCGAAUUGAGUCAUAGAGAUACUGAUGAAGAAGACCGAGAAGAGGUUGAAGAGGAGCGCAGAUUGGAACAAGAAGAAGAUGAAAGAGAUGGCUUGCCCGUGACCAGCCGACAUAAUGACGAAGUAGACACAGCUUCGUAUUCAACCGAUUCAAAUUUAAAGAAAUAG